UUGCUCUUCAAUUAAAAGUUGAAGGGUAUAGUAGUCAUUCCUAUGAAAUAAGCAAACCCUAGCUCGCUACUAUAAAUCUAAUAAACCUAUGAAUUAAGCAAACCCUAUCUUUGUCGCCGCCAAACCUCUCUCAGAUUCUUCUUCUUCCUCGCAGAUCGAUUUUUUUUUGAAGCUAAAUCUCAAAAAUGGAGAACGACGCAGGUCAGGUCACAGAGCUCUACAUUCCAAGGAAAUGCUCGGCAACAAACAGAAUGAUCACAUCAAAGGAUCAUGCUUCAGUUCAGCUUAACAUUGGUCAUCUUGAUGCUAAUGGUCUCUACACUGGCCAAUUCACCACUUUUGCUCUCUGCGGAUUUGUCCGUGCUCAGGGAGACGCAGACAGUGGCGUGGACAGGCUCUGGCAGAAGAAGAAGGUCGAAGCUAAACAACAGUGAGAGACAAUCUGACAAUGUCAUAAGCUCUUGUUUGUUUUUUGAGGUUUCGAUUUAUUAGCUAUGUGGCUUUGUCAUUGAAUUGAAAAUGUUAGUUUCUCUUUAUGCGAAUUCAUGUUUUCGAUUUUUCUGCUUUAUUAAAGAUAAUUAUUAGGCUUUGAGGCCAAUGGAAUCAGAUUCUAUCUACAGUCUAAUACUCGUCUAUAUUUCUCUUUCAAAUAUAACUGUUAGAUUAUCUAUC